AUGGACGUCAAGGAGGCGUGACGGAGUGCUGACAUGGCUGUACCCACGGUGUUCAUGCGUCUGAAGAGCAGACCGGUUUUCAUUUAUCUGUUUUUCGCUAGCUCUUUUCUCCCUUCUGCAAUCGCACUAAUCGAGGGUCUUUAUUGCGGAACUCAGGAUUGCUAUGAAGUUCUUGGCGUUCCUCGGGACGCCUCCAAAUCGGAGAUAGCACGCUCUUACCGUCAGCUCGCCAGAAAGUAUCACCCGGACAGGUUCCGAGCGGGGGACCCUGGUCUGGCUGGGGAAACGGCGGAAGGUGCUCACAGCAAGUUUCUUCUAGUAGCUACUGCAUACGAGACACUGAAGGAUGAAGAGUCUCGAAAAGAUUACGAUUACAUGCUUGAUCAUCCUGAGGAGUAUUAUAGCCACUAUUAUCACUAUUAUCGCAGAAGACUCACACCUAAAGUGGAUGUCCGAGUAGUCAUUCUGGUGACUGUGUGUGCCAUAUCUGUUUUUCAGUAUUUCAGUUGGUGGAGCAGUUACAACGAAGCCAUCAACUACCUGGCUACGGUGCCCAAAUAUCGAAUUCAGGCCACUGAGCUGGCAAAGAAGCAGGGCUUGUUGAAUAAAACUAAGGAGAAAGGAAAGAACAAGAGAUCAAAAGAAGAGAUUCGUGAGGAAGAGGAGGAGGUCAUCCGAGAUAUCAUCAAGAACAAGAUUGAUAUUAAAGGGGGUUAUCAGAAGCCCAACAUAACUGAUAUCUUACUUUGUCAGAUCAUUCUCUCGCCCUAUUUUCUUUGUUCCUAUGUUAUUUGGUAUUGUGGCUGGAUUUACCGAUUUAGCAUUAAGAGAGAGGAAUAUGGUGAGGAAGAGAAACUUUAUCUUAUUCGAAAGAAUAUGCGUAUGUCUUCAUCUCAGUUUGACAGCCUCGAAGACCACAAAAAAGAGUCUUUUCUUGAGCGACAGCUCUGGAUCAAGGAGAACUUUGAGGUGUAUAAACAGGAACAGGAAGAAGAAAUGAAAAUGAAGAUGGCUAUGGACCCACGAUGGAAAAGAUACAGAAGGUGGAUGAAAAAUGAGGGUCCAGGAAGGUUAACCUUCAUUGAUGACUGAACAUAAACAACAAUUUGGGGUGGGGGGGGGGGUGGGAUUUUGCGACAUAAAAUAUAUAUACAUAUAUUUGUUGAUAAUGCUUAUCUAUACAGAUUAUUUUCAUAAUUAAAUUAUAAGGGAGUAUAUGCACAUGUGGAGUGACUUGACUCAGGAAUCUGCACAGAACGCAGUAACCUCUUGUAUCUUACUCGCCCUUGAGUAUUGUAAAAAAAUUGGUAUUGAGCCUACCUGAAACCUUUUCGAAUGGACACUUAACAGAAUUUUACAUGCGGUAUUUUCUUUUUGGUUAUUUUUUAAUGACCCAGCAAUGCAAUUAUAUAAUAAACUUUUAACUCUGAAGUUCACAGUAAAUAUAGAGACAGCAGAUAACUUACACACAACACAAAUGCUUCUCCUAACAUUACUUACUUUUUUUUAUACUGUAUUAUAAUACAUUUAUGAGAAAGAUUUUUUUUUUUUUUUUUUGCUGAAUCUUCAUUCUUGAAGAUCCUUUACUCAGAAUGUUUAAGGUGGGGAAA